UCGUGUUUAUGUAAUGCCAACCAUCGCAUGUGACUCUGUGACUCUGUAUGUGUGUGCGUGUGUGUGUGCGCGCGCGCACGCACGUUGGUCCGCGGCGGCACUCGGAUGAAGAACUCGUGAGAUUUCAGCGGUGCGGAUUUGACCCAUCAUCCAGGAGGGCGCUCGAGCUCCAUCGUUCUCCACGCGCAGGACGCACGUAGACCCACGUAGACCCGGUGAGACCGUCACGCGGAGACCAUCUGUGUAAUCUGUCGCGCGUGUUCUUGCAUCUGGUUAGAGAGAGCGUGGACAGGUCGCUGAUCUGUGGCCCGGUCUGCGGAGGAGAGGCAGGCAGAGAGGGGUCGGAGCUGGACUCCUGGACGGAUCCGAGCAUCCCACGGUCCCGGCAUCCAUCCAUCUAUCAUCCAUCCAUCCAUCCCUUCCUCCCUCCGCGCCUCAGCUCCAGCAGGAGGCCGGGAGCGGCGGCAGGAUGUAGCAGCGGAUUAACAGAGGAGAGAGGGGCGCUCAGAGGACGAGAGCGGGAGCGAGCGGACUGCGGUGGGACGGAGGGGACAUGGGGAAGGACCAGGAGCUGCUCCAGGCCGUGAAGACCGAGGACCUGCUGACUGCACAGCGGCUUCUUCAGAGACCACGGCCGGGGAAAGCUAAGCUCCUUGGAGCAGCAAAGAGGGUGAAUGUCAACAUCCAGGAUGCAGAUGGGUUGUCGCCGCUGCACCAUGCUGCUCUGAGUGGGAACAAGGAGCUGAUCGCUCUCCUGUUGGAGGCUCAGGCUGCAGUGGAUAUAAAAGACAAUAAAGGGAUGCGUCCUCUGCAUUAUGCUGCAUGGCAGGGGAAAACUGAGCCAAUGAAAAUGCUGCUGAAGUCCGGGUCGUCAGUCAACGGACAGUCAGACGAAGGACAGAUUCCUCUCCACCUGUCAGCUCAGCAUGGACACUAUGACGGGUCGGAGAUGUUGCUGCAGCACCAGUCCAACCCGUGCAUCUCAGACUCAGCUGGUAAAACACCUCUGGACCUGGCCUGUGAAUUUGGACGUGUCGGAGUGGUCCAGCUCCUGCUCAGCAGUAACAUGUGCGCAGCCAUGAUAGAACCCAAGCCCUCCGACCCCAACGGAGUGUCGCCGCUGCAUCUCGCCGCCAAGAACGGACACAUCGAAGUCAUACGGCUGCUGAUUCAAGCUGGUAUAGAUAUAAACAGGCAGUCCGAGUCUGGCACAGCACUACAUCAGGCUGCCCUCUGUGGGAAGACAGAGGUAGUGCGCCUGCUGCUGGAUAGUGGCAUCAGUGCGGGAGUCAGAAACACGCUGAGUCAAACGGCUCUGGACAUUGUUAACCAGUUCACCACCACACAGGCCAGUCGGGAGAUCAAACAACUCCUGAGAGACGCUUCGGCUGCGAUGCAAGUGCGAGCGCUGAAGGAUUACUGCAACAACUACGACCUGACCAGCCUCAACAUCAAAGCUGGAGACAUUAUCACGGUGUUGGAGCAGCACUCUGAUGGCCGAUGGAAGGGCUGUAUUCACGACAACCGCACAGGAAAUGACCGUGUGGGAUACUUUCCCUCCAACAUGGUGGAAGUGAUCAAGAGGGCAGGUCACUCCCCCUCCCAGCAGUGCCACACCCUCCUGCUCCGCAGGCCCAACCCUUGUCCCAUUGCCUCGGUCAACGGACACUCAUACCCCCCCACCAAAGUCCUCCCCCUGCAUCUGCCGUCCCCUCCUCCCCCUCACCCCAACACACAGUCCCUCCCUCGGUUCUCCUCCUUUGGGUACGUUCCUAUUCCCAUCUCUCCUCCUUCUCUGUCUGCUUCUCAACUGUCCAUUCCUCCUCCUCCUCCUCCUCCUCCCCCUCCUCCUCCUCUCUCCACUUCUCAGGAGCAGCAGAGUCAGACAGGUUCACGGACAGCAGAGCUGAGUCCUCAAGGCUCUCCGACCUUAGGACAGCAGAGUAGCACCAGUGAGGAUAUCUGGGUGCUACGCAAACCGCUGGCAGGUGGCGACCGCAGUGGCAGUGUGGGCAGCCUCGGCAGCGCUCGGUCAUCGAGCAGCUUGCAGAGCUCUGGAAACACACAUGUUCUAACCACCCCAGCACCAAGUCCACACCCGGCACCCACACCGGGAGUCAACACACACGGCCUUAACGCGCCAGGCCUGCACGCACAAGCUGAAGGAGUGAAGCUCCUGGCCACUGUGCUUUCCCAGUCAGUUAAAGCAAAGGAACAUCUCUUGGAGCAGUCACAGUCUGUUGAACAGUCAGCGAGCUCUUCCAGUUGCACAGUUCAUGAACAGCGGUCGUUUGAGCGGAAGGCAGAAGAGGAUGAUGGGAAAAAGCAGGCAGUAGUGGCGUGGCUGGGUGAGUUUCAGCUGCAGUUCUACACCACCCACUUCCUCACCGCGGGAUAUGAUCUAGACACCAUUAGCCGCGUGACCCCUGAGGACCUGACAGCAAUUGGGGUCAUGAAGCCUGGACAUCGAAAAAAGUUAACGACGGAGAUCAGCAAGCUGCCCACCACGGACUGGCUGCCGGAUCACAAACCUGCUAAUCUGGCAGACUGGCUUUCUCACCUGGGUCUCAGUCAGUACUACCAGGUUCUGGUGCAGAAUGGGUAUGAAAACAUUGACUUUGUUUCCGACAUCAGCCUGGAGGAUCUGCAAGAGAUUGGCAUCACUAAGCUCGGCCAUCAGAAGAAACUGAUGUUGGGAGUGAGGAGACUGAAGGAGUUGCAGAAAGGAGAAAGUGGUUCCGAGCCUCCUCAGAGCCCCUUGACGCCUCCAUCCAGCCCAGGUGGCAGCACCAGCUCAGCGCCUCGGAAGGAAGCAAGGAAGCAGAGGGAUGGUGUUCCCAGUCCGCUGCCCAAACCCCGUCCAGGUCUGGAACAUUCACAGACCCCUCCCCAUACACCUACGCACACUCCACCACAAACCCCGCAACAUGCCCGCACCAAGCAGGCGUCCCCCAGGGCACGACCCCGCCCCUCCACCCAGCUAACAGCGGUAGAUUCGUCCGUCCCUCUGCUGCAGCUUCCCAGCGAGGAGGAAGACCGACGGAGAACUCACAGCCUGACUGGCCCAGAAUCGGACUCUAGAUAUGCCACUGUGUGCCGCAGCAGCUCUGCACGUACUGCUGUCUCUAAUGAUGUCACGGUUAACCGCAGCCAAUCAUCAGUCACCCUCCGUCCGCGCCGAAAAGGUCGGCCACCGACACCACCAAAACGCUCCUGUUCUUCCAUUACCGGGGGUGACGGGGAGGGAGAGGGACAGGUUGACGGACUACUCGGACUGCCAACCUAUCGAGAGAGGCGAGCCAGUGACUGUGGCAGCCUGGGGUCGGCUUUAAAAGUUCAGGAGUCAGCCGGAUUGGAGAGAUCAGACGGGGCUUCUGGGAGUGUCCGCAGCCUCGCUGCCAUGCUUGAAACGUCGAUGGGUGGCGCCAAAACCCUGCCAAAGAAUCUCGGAAGCAGCACCUACUUACAGGUGAGUCCACCCAUGCUUCGUCGCCAGGCCCGCGCAGGAGGUCUUGGAUCGGAGGAUUAUGAUUCCAUAAGUCGUCGCAGGACCAUCAGUGGACUUGAGAGCAUCCCCGGUGAUCAGACUGACCCGUUACUGCGGCAACCAGCCAAACAGCGCCCAGAGCCCAGGCCCCGCUCCACUGUGGUCUCUUCAGCAUCAGAGAUCACAGAUGGCACAGUGACACUCCGGAGGAAGCCUCGUCCCCCAGCAACAGACUCUGAAACACCAGCAUCGGUAGCUACCACUGUUGUUACCAUGACAACCGGCUCUGAAACCAUACGAAGGAGGCCCCGCAUGUCUGAUCAAACAGAAAAUGGAAUUAAAAGCAAUAACCAGUCGGACUCUGUGAACAGUCAGACGGACGGCAGCUGGAAAAGUGGAGGUGAGUUGCAGCACAAUGGCAGCGUGGUCCUGAGGCAGAGGCCAGCGUCUCAGGUCUCUGACAGGACGGAGACCAACACUGAGAGCUGUGAGUGGAUGGAGGCCAGGAAGUCACUAAAGCCAGCAGUCUCACCCAAACCAGUCACUCUGAGAAAGACACAAGCUGAUCCCCCAACACCAACGCGCAGGGUCCCCAUCCCCGGGCCUGAUUAUGCAGAGAAGGCACAGAGUCCUGAUUCGAAGCGUGUCCCUCCUCCUGUAUCCCCAAAGCCCCGCGGACCCCCCACAGCUCCUAAACCAGGCAAGACAGCAGUCGCUUCGGCCGCCAUGAGCCCGAGUCCUGUUACUACCAGUCCCACCCUGACACCCAAAUCCUCCUCUCCACAUUCUGCUGCCCCGCUUCCUGCUCCCGACCACCCCUCUGCUCCCUCCCUCUCUCCAGGUCUCCCUCUAGCAUCCCCGUCCCCAGCACAGAGUCCCUCCACACCUUCAUCCCACCCUGUCAAACCUCCCCGCUCCUCCAUCGCUGGGCUCUCCAUUGACCUUCUGGGUGGACGGGAGGUGGAGGAGGAAGAGGAGAAGAGGCAAGAGAAGGAGGAGGAGGAGGAGAGGAGUAGAGAGAGGGAGUACAAGAGGCACAAAGAACAGGAGGAGGAGGAGAGAAAGAGAGCAGAGGAGGAGAGUCAGAGGGAGCAGGAGAAGAAACCCUCAAUGGAAGGAGCGAGAGAGGAGGUGGAGAGUCACGUCGAGGGAGCGGAGCAGGAGGAGGUGGUGCAGCAUCAAUUGGAGGAGACCAGUUCCUCCUUGGCUGCAGCUCUGCAGGCUGUAGAGCACAAAAUCAAAGAGGAGGACGCGCAAAACGACUCUCUUUCCAGCAAAAAGACAACAGUCUCCAUCUUGGACGACAUCGGCAGCAUGUUUGACGACUUGGCCGACCAACUGGACGCGAUGCUCGACUGAUCUCCUGCCAGCAUCUCAUUUCCGACGAGUCCUCUCCCCCGCUCCCCCGUCAUGUGUAGGUGUAUGAAGACAGCUUUCCCGAGGCUUCAUGCUGGUGCUCUGAGCCUGUGUGUGUGUGUGUGUGUGUGACAGAGAGAGAGAGAGAUAGAGAGCGUGUCCUUCCAGUGUGAGCGCUUCUCAUGUAGCCUUGCACACUGAGGAGGGAGUCUUCCUCAUCUUGUGCAGUAGCUCUCUCGGCCUCUCAAAGUGAGGAGGCUGCUCCCACACAACCUCUGACCUCUGCAGCCCAGCGAGACAGUGUGGACCGAGAAGCACAAUCAUCUCCACAUCCUUUCGUCUCCACUGACUCUGGGGUCGGACAGAGGGAUAAGCAUAUUGCUUGCAACAACAACAAACAAAAAAAAUAAUAUAUAUAUAUAUAGCACACAAACUGACAGAUAGAUAGCUAGGCAGACGUGAUGCAUACAGAUGAGACACUGGAGAGGAUUUUUAAAAGCACACGCAAAAAGACGGGCCGCUUUCUGAGUCCGUCUCACUCCUGCGACGCCGACAGGAUGCAAUUUUCCAGAUGAAUCGUAGCCUCUGUUUCUCUUCUGUAUGAGUGGGGGAUUGUGGCUAGCGUCACUUCCUGAGCCGUGUGUCAUCUCUGUUCAUGUCGUUGUUGUUGCUGUUGUUGUUAUUAUUAUUGUUGUUGUUAAAAGAGUGUGUGUGUGUGUGUGUCUGUAGUCCCUGCUAAUGCUCAUGUCAGUGUCCUCCCACUCGUACAGUAGUUAUGAUCAUGACCAACGACGGCGUCGACGCGUGUGUGUGUGUGUGUGCGCGCACACGCAUUGGUUUUAAUACAGCUGGUGUUCUGCUAUUUGGUGUUUAGCUCCGCCCAUGGAUAUUCACAUGGAAACGAAUCCCCAACAUUUACAUCUGCACUCAUGCAAUGUUUCCCUGUGUCCUGCUGCAGUGAACGGUGUUUUUUAAAAUAUAAUAUUCUGUAGUACAUUCAGCAUACAUGCAUUCAUAGAGUUUACCUGGUGUUUGAGCUUAUAGGGCUCCCUCUAGUGUUGGAUAGUGAAACUGCCUCUACGCUGCUCACCCUCUGUCUCGUCUUCCACCCUGUUUUUUCUCCCCCUUUUCUCUCCCUUUGUGUCCAUUUUGGUUUACUCAGCAUCUCUCUGUGCCUUGGUAGUUUUCUUUUGUAUAGUCAAAAAUCAUUUAAAAAGUUCAGUGUUUUUCUCUGUUUUCCGGACAAAACGCCCCUAUUCAUUGUUUGUUUGUGGUGUCAUAAGUAGCUUAUAGGUUGAGUUGUGAGUACUUCAGUAUAUGAUCAAUAAAAUAAGUCACCCUGUCUGAAAUCCUGCUGUAACCAUUGAGAAGCCUUGAUCCAGCCCGUGUGAGAUCAUCAGCUUCUCCACGGUGGUUUCCCCCCCAAAAACUAGUUCAGACAGCGGAUCAACCACCAGUGUUCACCCCUAAUGAAGAGUCUACUUGUAUUUUUAUGCUCUUUGAAAAACAAAGAUAUAUUUGAGAGACAGAUGGUUUUAUGUGAAUAAUGAAAAAAUAAUGAUAUUAAUAAUUAUGAUAAUUCUAGACAUUGAGUUGAGCUGACUGAGCCUGUACAUUAAUGGAUGUGUUGUGACGGCUGCUGUGCCAUGGUUGGGUUUAGAUUGUGUUUCUGCUGUGUGAUGAUGCAUUUCCUGUACAGCUGUGAUCAGAAUAAAUGUGUACAUUAAAGCUCA